AACGAUAUGGUAUCAAACAAACCUUAAAAGCUUGAGUGAAGUUGAUGCGAAAAAAAAGUUGAGUUAUGUUGGUUGCAGUUUUCAUUAUCGCUGUAAGCUUGUCACUUAUUGUAUCCGUUCAAAGUCAAGUGCUUCUUCCUUCCAAAGAGACAGAUUCCAUCUGUUAUCAACAUCGCUGCUCUGUUGGAAAAAUCUGUCAAGUUAUUAAUCAUAAGCCCAUUUGUAAGUGCAACCACAACUGCAAAGAUUCAGAGAAGACUGGUCCUUUGUGUGCAAAGAAUGGGCGCACGUACAAACAUUUAUGUCAGUUAAAGAGACAUGAAUGUCAACUUGGGCAGUACAUCAAAGUAGAGCACUAUGGGAAUUGCUCAAAAGCUGUUCCAUGUUUUGAUAAAGAACGUGAAAGAAAGCUUGGCUUAUGUACUGAAUGGGCAGCGUUUGGUUCUUGUGAGCAUCACAAAGAAUUGAUGGAAAAAUAUUGCAGGAAAACAUGUGGAAUGUGUGAUGAGAAACAACUACCUAACGUUUGCGACACAACGAAGUACGGCUGUUGCCAUGGUAGCAAAUUACCUGCAUUAGGACCUCAACAAAAGGGAUGUUACAGUAAGGGAGCACGCUGUAAAGAUGGUUCUCAGUGUCGUUUCUUUCCACAUUUUUGUGGAAAUGAUAUUAAUAUGAACACGAUGAGGAAAUAUUGUCCUUACACAUGCCGUUUUUGUGUUCCAUCAUCAACACAAGAGGAGUUUGGGAAUGACAAAUUAUAAAAGCAACUGCGAAGAAGAAUCCAUUGACGUGACCUUAACCAUGCAGAAUAUGCGUCUCCUCAAUAAAAGAAAAUUAUCACUAAUCUAAAAAUAGAACCACUACGUAAUGUCUACAUCUAACUAAUGAAAGAAUAUUUAUCUCCCUAGUGGGGAACUUACAUCGUCAAUCUGAAACUAUUUAAAUUAUUUUUUAUGUAAAUAUAUUGUUUAAACUGACGUUGCCAAUUAAUCCUUUUUUAUGUAAAAAGGAUUUCAGUUUUAUUUAUAUUUCUCAUUAUACCACAAACGCACACACUUCUAGUAAAUGAAGAAAAAAGAACAAAUUUUCUUUCCA